AUACUUUAAUCAGCCGUUAUCAGUCGUCGAUAGUCAAUAUGGCUAUGCACUUCCCUGUUUGACACACAAACUUUGAAUUUCCAUCACAUUUCGAAAUUGGAGGUGUUUGUUAAAGAGGAAAAUUCAGCAUGUUGUGGAUUUAAUACAAAUUCUUGGAAUUUCGGACAACAUGUCGCGGUCCCGACACGCCACAUGGUCGCUAGUGGUGACUUUGGUAGCCAUGUUUCUGCUCGUGAUGGCCUACGCUCUCCCGUUCUGGGUGAACUACGAGUACAAGCCCGAGCAGUGCACGGACGGGUUCACGGUCAGGGUUAGUGUUGGGGUCUGGUAUGUGAUGGCAUGCAAGGACGGAAGCCGCGGCUCGUGUACCGUGAGGGGUAUCCGGCUACAGAAACACAGCAACAACACUUUCGCCUUCCAGGUACCCGGGUGUACGACUGAGGAUGUCGCUGCCAACGUGGCUUCUGGCUUAGGGUCGUAUGUGUACUGGUGGGCUGUGCAACUGACUUCGACCUUCGGCCUGGGCCUCCUCCUGCUGGCCACCCUCGUUCUCCUCUUUACAAGGUGUGCGGGCGUAGUCUCAAAAGCGCUCAACAUCGCCAUGUGUGUGCUCCUCGCAUUGGGCGGGGCGCUAACUCUGUCUGUGGCUGUCUUGGUUGCUGUUUGCCUGGCCCAUACAUUUAUCAUUCCGGAUCUGCAAAUACAGCCGGAAACCUUCCCAUGGAACGCGCUUAUAGCAGCCAUAGGCGGGGUGCUCGCAAUCGCUGGGGCGUGCCUCACCGUGGUGACCGUGUGUUUAUGGACUGAGACUGAGGUGAAAGCAAGAUCCGACAGCAUGGAAAUGUCCGAGAUGUGUCACUCAGACGGUGGUAUAUAUAUUGAACCCGGAAGUGGUAGCCUCCCUCAGGGCGUUGUGCUCUACACCGGCCGCGCAAACACACCACGUAUUCCAGUUUCCGAAGAUCGGUAUGAGAACACAACACAUCAGCGUGCGAAUACCGACGCUCGUAAUGAUUUCCUUUCGUCAAAUCCAAACGUUUAUCAAAGAAACGAGCGGCGACCUACGGAGCAUUUUACAUCUGAAACGAAGGAAUCGGCAAGGCAAUACCCCGAGCCUAAAGCAGACUAUGACGUAGGUAACAAAUAUGGCAGAACACACUUUUCAAACUCUAAAAAAUACAAAGAAGAGGACUCUUGGACGAUGGAUACCAUGACAACGAUGCCAACCUUCCAAGGCGGCUAUAGUCAGGGACGACAAAAUCCUUCUUACAGCUUAGAUGGUGAUGAUUAUGAAUCGAGGAGUGAAAAUAGACAACAGCGAGGUCUUCCGAGAUACAUCAUUGGCGAAACAGGUGAGAGAUAUAACGACAGGAGUGAAGCAGGGCACAUAAGCGACUGGAACGCAAACAUGUCAACUGGUUACAAAUAAUCAGAAAGUGGGAGCAAGUUUUCACAUUCUACGGGUUGGGCUUGGGGACGGAGUUGUUGUGCCGUCCAGGUUGACCCCACAAAAUUGUGAACUAUACUGAUUUCUUGUAAUUAAAUUGUUUUGCGAUGCUGUGAUGACUUAUACAUUUAUACAUGUACGUAGAUAUAUCUAGACAACUUAUAGGAAUAUAGCUUAAACAGUAUUUAAUUAAUUUUGAUAUCAAAUGGUCAAAUGCUUUAUCUUUUCUUUUUCUUUCUUUUCUUUCUUUUUGUUUCAGGCUUUCAUUUAUUUAUAACCGAUCGCCAUGUGUAUAUGAAGAAUAUUCAAUGUAUCAAAGAUCAAGAGCCAUCUUUGACUUAUAACAUUGUCUUUAUUGUGUGAACUGAUUGAUACGAACUAAACUUUGUUUUGUUCUGUUAAAAAUUAACUGAACGGCUUGCUUAGUAUAUUCAGUCGUCUGCGAAACGAAGGUUUUCUCCUUAACAACUGAACAGCGUAUACAAUCAACAACUUUGUUAAAAGUAAAAUUAUUUAUUUAAAAAUAUAUAUAUCGUCGAUCCUCUAUACGUCAUAUUAAUAACUAUAAAAGAAAUGUAUUAUUUUAUAGAUAUGUACAAUGUAUAGUGUAUGGUUUAUGAUUGCCGUAGACAAUAAAACUACAGCAGAAUGGAGAUUCUUAUAAAUGUACUAA